AGAGGUGUAACGUGGGGGUAUACGACUUGGGGCCCCGGACCGUCGGGCCCCGGGUGGCGAAGGCGAAAGUGUGCCGCGUAUAUAAGGCCAGGAACCGACGGCAAUCAGCAUCCAGUUCACUCCUGGACGCACCCGGAACAUCGCGAGAGCAAAAAUGAAAAUCCUGAUUUACGUGACAGUCGCCGCCUUGGUGGUUGCGACAGCAUUGUCGGAGGACGCGAAAGCGAGCGAGAACGUUGAGAAGUCGGUGGCGGAGAAGUCCGGGGUCGAGAAGAAGCAAGAGAAGCGCGGUCUGCUCGGUCUUGGCUACGGCUACGGCUAUGACGGUGGAUACGGUAUCGGAUCUGGCGGACACGUCGGUCUCGAGCUGGGAGGUGGAUACGGUGGAUAUGGUGGACACGGUGGACACGGUGGACACGGUGGAUACGGUGGAUACGGUGGAUACGGUGGAUACGGUGGAUACGGUGGGUACUCGAGCCACGGACUCGGUGGACACGGUGGAUACGGCGAGGUGGUCGUCGACGGUGGUCAUCAUCAUCACGAGCACGUGAAGACCGUGACCGUGGUGAAGAACGUCGCCGUACCGUACCCCGUGGAGAAGCACGUGCCCUACCCGGUGGAGAAGCCCGUACCGGUGCCCGUCAAAGUGCCCGUCCCGCAGCCGUAUCCAGUUGAGAAGCACGUGCCUUACCCGGUCAAGGUUCUCGUAAAGGUGCCCGUUCAUGUGCCCCAGCCGUACCCAGUAGAGAAGAAGGUUCCCUACCCAGUGCACGUACCCGUCGACCGUCCCGUCCCAGUCAAGAUCUACGUACCGCAGCCUUACCCCGUAGAGAAGCACAUCCACGUUCCCGUCAAGGUACCAGUGCCGCAGCCGUACCCAGUUGAGAAACCAGUUCCGGUACCAGUGAAAGUCCCGGUCCACAUACCCCAGCCGUACCCAGUCGAGAAGCUCGUGCCCUACCCCGUCAAAGUCCCGGUCGACCGUCCCGUCCACGUGCCGGUACCCAAGCCUUACCCCGUGCACAUCGAGAAGCCCGUACCUUACCCAGUCGAGAAGCCAGUGCCCUACCCCGUGAAGGUUCCAGUUGACAGGCCAUACCCCGUCCACAUCGAGAAGCACGUGCCCGUGCCCGUGAAGGUACCGGUGCCGCAGCCGUACCCAGUCGAGAAACCGGUGCCCUACCCCGUGGAGAGACCCGUGCCGGUAGCAGUCAAGGUCCCGGUAGACAGGCCGUACCCCGUUCACAUCGAGAAGCCGGUGCCCUACCCGGUCGAGAAGCCCGUACCAUACCCGAUUAAAGUGCCGGUGGCUGUACCCGUGCACCAUGAACACCACGAUCACCACGGCGGCUACCACGAUCACCACGGCUACGUCGGUGGUGGAUACGAGGGUGGAUACGAGGGCGGAGAUAUAGCCUACGGACAUCAUCAUUAAUGCCACAAUUCCGACUGGUUCUUCGUCGUCGAGCGCAAAACAAACUCCACCGCGACGACGG